GCAUCUUAUUUCCGGUGGCGGUGAGGUGCAGUUGCCAUGGUGAUUAGAGAAAGGCCGAGAUCUGUCCGGCUGCGGUGAGGGGAACGCGGAAUCGCCGAAGAGAAUUGGCUGCGCUUCCUUGUUUGUGAGCUAGAAUUAGAAUGGCGAUCAGUCCACGAAGCGAUGCAACUUUCUCCAAUCAGAAAUCAACACCUUCAGAGAGUCCUCGAACAAAGAAAUUUCCACUAACUGAAGAGGAAAUAUUUUAUAUGAAUUGUAGAGCUGCCUACUUAACUGUCUUCAAAAGCAGCUUGGAAAACAUUAUUUCUAAAGAUCAACUUUACUUGGCUCUUCAGCAUGCAGGAAGAAAUCCAUCCCAAAAGACCAUUAAUAAGUAUUGGACUCCUCAAACUGCCAAACUGAAUUUUGAUGAUUUUUGUAUAAUUUUAAGGAAGGAAAAACCUACUUCAAAAGCAGAACUACUAAAAUCAUUUAAGCAAUUAGAUGUAAAUGAUGAUGGCUGUAUUUUACACACUGACCUUUAUAAAUUUCUAAUGAAGAGAGGUGAGAAGAUGACUCGAGAAGAAGUAAAUGCCAUAAUAAAUUUGACUGAUGUAAAUGCUGAUGGCAAAUUUGACUACAUCAAGUUUUGUAAAUUAUAUAUGACAACCAAUGAGCAAUGUCUCAAGACUACACUAGAAAAACUAGAGGUUGAUAGUAAAAUGAGGCGUCACCAGUUUGGAAACCACAUCGAAGGGUCCCCUGAAAGGGACCCAUCACCAGUACCAAAACCAUCACCUAAAAUCAUAAGAAAAACCGAUCAGGAAACAUUCUCAAAUAAAGGUGACACCAGGAGUUCUUUACUGUCAGCAACCAGGAAGUUCAAAACAUCUGUUUCCUUCACAAUUACCAUGGGGGCUAAUGGUAACCGAAACUCAAAGUUAACGGAGCCAAAUUUAAUAAAGCCAUGUCCUGUUAAUCUGUGGCACUGCCCCAGAGGUAGCAUCAGCACAUCGAAAAAUUCUUCCAUCUUUGAGUUUCCUAAGUGGCACAAAUGGUGUUUACUACCAGUGUACCAGGACUGGCAAUACAUGCAAUCAAAAGGUUGCUUUUUCUUAGAAGAAGAUGGUGAAAUCAUUAGUCAUCAGUACAGGAUGCAAAUAGCUCAGAGGUCCAUGGUUUAUCUAACAAUUAAGCCAUUAAAUCUGAGUCAAGUUGAAGGAAAACCAUCCCCUUGGUUAUCCGUUGAUACUGCCUUGUAUAUUCUCAAGGAAAAUGAGAGUCAAGCAAAUCUACAGCUUGUGUGUUUUACCGAACUACGAAAUAGAGAAGUGUUUGGAUGGACUGGUGAACUAGGACCUGGAAUUUACUGGUUAAUUCCUUCUACAACUGGCUGUAGGCUGAGGAAAAAAAUAAACCCAGUAACAGAUGAAGCCCAACUUGUAUACAGAGAUCAAACAGGGAAAUUAUUCCUUACAAAGGAAUUUAAGUCUACUUUAUCAGAUAUAUUUGAAGUAAUUGAUUUAGAUGGAAAUGGUCUUCUUAGCCUUGAAGAAUAUAAUUUUUUUGAAUUGAGAACAAGUGGUGAGAAAUGUGAUGAAGAUGCUUGGGCUGUCUGCAGAGAUAAUUUUGAUACAAAGAGGAAUGAACUAACAAGACAAGGAUUUAUGGAUUUGAAUCUAAUGGAAGCUAAUGAUCGAGAGGGAGAUCCUUGUGACCUUUGGGUAACUCUACACUCUAUGGGCUACAAUAAAGCUCUGGAGUUGACAGAGGCAUGUCCAUUUGUCAUUGAUAUCUAUGCAGAAAAAUGCAAGCCAAAAAUUAAAGCUGUCCAUAUGGAGGCAUGUAGUGGACAACUUGAGAAGGCCAUUUGUAAAUCUGUUCUUAGCAAGGGUGAUGCCAAAGUAAUGGAUGGCUAUGAAAAUAUAAUCGUGCAUACUUACAGUUGUGACACCUGGAUAACGUCAGUUAUUGAAAACAAGUCAGAUGAGAAAGUGAUUAUUCACAUCAACAAUGAGCUAAGUAAAAACUGUGUAAACAACAGAGGACUCAACAUAUUUGCGGUAGAAGUGGGACCCAAAUCUACAAUGGUUUGUCAACAUGUAAUGCCUCUGAAUGAACGACAAGAAUGGAUAUAUUAUUGUAUAUAUUCUCUUAUUUCUUAAAUAAUUAUACUUAGAACUUACCAAACUAAGAAUUAUUUCAGAUUUAGCCUGUUAUUUAUUAAACAACUAAAUGCUACUUAAUUUAACUGAUGUACCUAAAUAAUAAUCUAUUCAAUUUAUAUGCAUUUUCAUUUUAUGUCAAUGCUAUGUACCUUAUUAUUAAAAUAUACAUAAUGCUUUCA